AUGCCUCCUUAUUUUGCAGAUGAUUGGCAGAAGAUUUCUGGUGCCUGGACUAAGCUUCUGCAGGCGGAUUCCCAUACUAAGACAGACAUCAUAUCGUACAUCUGUGAGUAAGGUCGAUGCUCUCCAAUCGACUAGUGAAGUGUCAAGUGAUGACAGUAUUCACACUAAACAUCCAAACUUCAACUCAUUACUGGCAGUUGCAAAAUCCUAUGGUCUAGAUAGAAAUUUCCUAGUCGAAUCAAUCGAAGUCAAUCCAAAUGUAUUGAGUGUUGAUCCAAAUAGAAUGGAUAAAGUUGCAUGUCAACUCACUCAAUUUGGAUUUGGUAAAGAGUUGCUGGAAAGCAUUUUCACCCACUAUCCAGAAAUUUGUACAACUUCCACAGAACGGCUCAACGACUCUCUGCUUUUUUGGAGUAAAGCAAAUUUUGGUGAUAGACUUAUGUAUGGAAUUUUGAAUUCUCAUCCUGAACUUAUUGACAAAUUGGAUAGUAGUAGCUCUGAAAGGAUAAGAGUUUUGUUGCCUUACCUGGAAAGUCAUAAAAACAUCGCUGUGGCUAUACUGAAUAAUCCUAGUGUACUAUUUGAAGCAUGGGAAACACUUGAAGCCAAGUUAGAAUAUCUUAACUCUAUAAAUAUAAUGUCUGAAAAAGUUGCUAUUAGUGGAGGAUUAGGGCUGACUCUAGAUCAAAUAAAAACUAGGUUUGAGUUUUUGAAAAGAGCAGGAGUUUAUAGAGACGUGCAAUUAAAGAAAAAGAUGCUCAAUAAACUAAAUCCAAAAAUCGAAAAAAUACUUUCAACAAAUGAUGAGGAUUUUGCUAGGAAUGUAGCUAGAUUAUCAUUGAUUGAAUUUGAAACAUUUACAGAACUUUAUGAACGCCAAUUGGAGAAGGAAGAAUGUGGAGACUUAUCCGAUGAUGAUUAAUAGAUUGUUCAAGAGAGUGAUGUUAUAAUGUGGAAACUAUAUAUUCCUUCAACAAUAAAUAGUUUUUUAAUAGUC